AUGCUGGGGGCGGGAGGGGGGCCCCCGACCAAAGAAAAAUGUCAAGGCCUGCCCGCCAAGCUGCCCAUCCUGGUGUCCUCCGUGGUCAGCCUCUACUUCCUGGAGUGGGCCUCCCUGUCAGCCCUCCUCCUUCUCCAGGACCGCAGCCUGAGCCUCCCCUACGUCGACCCCCAGCGAGAGGUCGUGCCCCUGCUGGUGCUGCUCAGCCUGGCCUUCGCCGGGCCCGCCGUCACGAUCAUGAUCGGGGAGGCCAUGUUGUUCUGCUGUGUGUCCCGGAGGAGGAGCGGCGGCGGCGCCGAGGCCAACAUCAACGCCGCGGGCUGCAACUUCAACUCCUUCAUACGCAGAGCGGUGCGCUUCGUCGGCGUGCACGCCUUCGGCCUGUGUGCCACGGCGCUCGUGACCGACGUGCUGCAGCUGGUGACGGGCGCGCCCACGCCGUUCUUCCUCACCGUGUGUCAGCCCGACUACGCGGCGCUGAACGUCAGCUGCGAGCAGAACCCCUACGUCAUGGAGGACAUCUGCUCGGGGCCGGACGCCGCCGCCAUCACGCAGGGCAGGAAGUCCUUCCCGUCGCAGCACGCCACCCUCGCAUCCUUCGCCGCCGUCUAUGUUUCGAUGUACUUCAACAGCACGCUGACCGACUCCUCCAAGCUGCUCAAGCCGCUGCUCGUCUUCUCCUUCGUCAUCUGCGCCAUCAUUUGUGGCCUGACCCGCAUCAUCCAGUACAAGAACCACGCCAUCGACGUCUACCUGGGCUUCCUGCUGGGAGGGUCCAUCGCCGUCUACCUGGGUUUCUAUGCGGUGGGAAACUUCCAGCCCAGUGAGGAGGCCGGUGCCGGCCCCCCUCCAGCGCGACUCCGCCCUCCCAGCUCCUUGCCCCACAUCAGCCAGGAGGCCGUCCUCCAGCACCUGCAGAUGAAAGCCGGCAUGGCGGGAGAGCCCGGCAUCCACGCCUCCCGCUCCGAGGGCCUCCUCCACCCGGGCCUCCAGCGGUCCGACGACAGCCUGAAGCGCUCCGGCGGCGCCGUGGAGGUCAUCUCUCCCCGCAGCCCCCAGAACAAAGACCCCUAUGUGACCUUUAGCCACACCCUUCCUCGGGUCCACACGCCCCAGGCCAUGGCGGCGUACGAGGAAGCGGCCAGGCGCCACGCCGCCACCCUCCACCACGCCUCCAUGGACUCCAGCCGCUCCAAGCAGCUUCUGUCUCAGUGGAAAAGCAAGAACAACAACAACCACAAACGCUCGCUGCAGGUCCCGGACUCAUUCUCCGCCUCCGUGGACUCCUCAUCCGGCCAGUCCUCCCAGUCCUCCCAGCACCCGCAGCACCACGGCAGCACGGAGCUCCGAUCCGGCGCCGACCCGAACGGAGGCUUCGAUGCCCACGAGUACAUGUCCAAGCUGGCCACGGGGGCCAGCACCACCCUGCCCAGCAACUGCAGCGGCAUCACCGGAGGGGCCAGGAUAGCCAUGCAAUCCAGACCCGGCUCCUCGCAGCUCGUCCACAUCCCGGAAGAGGCCCACGAGAACUACGGCGCCUCGUCCCCGAGAAUGGGGGGAGAGGGAGGAGGCGACGGGGCGACGGCCAUCAACGCCGCAGUGCAGGCGGACUGGCAAAGGGCCGCGGAGAUGACCUCGGCCUGCAGGACUGACGACAACGGGCACAACACCCGGACCAUGCAGGUGAUGGCCAUGUCCAAGCAGCAGGGCCUCCUGCAGACCCACUCCAAGAGCUUGGACGAGAGCGCCAUCGGGAGUUGCCAGGGCUCCGCCCGCUACAGGGUCCUGACCGAUCAAGACCCCGUGGGGCCCGCGGGGCCCGGCUCCCUGGGGAGCACCAACAGCAUUUCGGGGAGUACCGGAGCGAUCGUCAGGGUGGAGGCGCACCCUGAGCACAGGCCGGUGAUCCAAGCUCCGUCCACCGAUGGCAGCGGCUCGUGGAGGUGGCGGUCUCUGGAUCACGGUAACGGAGGCCCCGCCCCUUGUGGAGCGGGAGGAGGAGGCGGGAGCUCGAGGCAGUCGGUCGACCACAACGACCCGAACAGAGACUCGGAAAGCUCGGACUCGAUUCGCGACGGGUCCAUCGAGCGAAAGCGCGGGAAUCACAUCGUCACCGCCUCGGCCACCGUCAGCCCGCCGGCCGCCGUAACCGCUCACACCCAGAGCGCCAGCCAGACGGAGCACAGGCUCCACCCCCAGGGCGUCUCCACCAUACGGGUGACUCCGGGGGACGGCAGCAGUGUUGGAUCCAGAGGAGGAGGCGGCGGCGGCGGGGAGAGCACUUCGGAAACGCCCUCGGUGGCGUCCAGUCGGGAAUCCACGCUGCGGAGGAAGAAAGGCCGUCACGUGAUCCUGAUCCCGGAGCGAGCCGACAGCCCCGAUAACGCACGCAACGUUUUCUACAAGGGAACGUCGACAACGCCCGUCUUCAAGGAAUGACCGGGAGACUUCACGAGAAGAAGACGUAGCCCAACGAUGCAAGAACCCCACGUCCGGGACAAGUCAGUGUUACCUGCCAUUGUGUAUAUCAUGCUAACGUUUUAUUCCGCAUGAGUUUUUUCUGCGUGUUUACACUCGGAUCACAACCUUUGUAAGUGUUGUAGAAGGAACCACCGCGUGCUGCCGCGGUCACGCCGAAGGAAACAUGUGUUAUCGUCGCCGGGGGACAGGAGAGAAACAGUUCCGUAAGUUUUGGAUAUGAAUCAUCAGAAGAAUAAAAAAAGAGGAAGUAGCACAGUGAUGUUCAAACUGUAGCAACAAACGGCAAAACUAAUUGUACCAUAGCUGUAGAACCAGUAUUUACUUCCCUGCACUGUCAAUACUGUUUGAAAAGGGUGCUACGCCAGAAAAUACUCUUUGCUAUACGACACGCUGUAUGGUUUUAAUAGAAUGACUUAUUUUAGAGUGAGCAGCAGUGACAGAUAUGUUUUGUAUUGCGUCUCUUUUCUGUACAGAAACCACUCAACAGAAUACUGUUUUGAACCAUAAGUGUGCUUAGCAUUCCUUCUGUAGCUACGAAGUCAACGAUGCUGUGACUUGCACUGAAAUAUGCGUUUCCUGUACCUUGUAUAUUGUAAACCCUGACCUUAUCUUUAAAUAUACAUCCCGUACUAACAUGUGGAUGUCCGUGCCAAUCCCAUAUCUAAAAGCACAAAAAAAGGCGGGAAAACGCAGUUGAAUAGUUUGCUUAUUUUAAACCAUGAGAUAAAUAAUGCAUUUUUUAACAACUCAAUGCAAUACUUCACCUGAAGCCACCUGACUGAAUUUGUGCUUAAAAGUGAUAUUUGAAGGCCGAAUUAAUAUUUUGAGAAAUACACUUGCUGCCGUGAAACCCCACUACCAAAUGCUAAUGCUAACGACUAGGGAUGGGUAUCGUUUCUUUUUUUUCCGAUAGCGGUGCUAAACCGGUACUUUUAAAACGAUACCGGUGCCUGAACCGAUACUUUUUUUAUAAAAAGCACAAAAACGAAGAUUGACAACGACGACAUUAAAAACCUCUUCGGCCGUAUUCCCUGUAAAAGCCGUUCUCACGGAGCACUGACAAACAACGGAUAUCGGACUGUCCCGCUAGUAGCUCGUAGCUAGCGCUAGGUAAGAGCUAGCUCCGAGCUACUAGCGGGGCAGUCUGACACGGUGCAUGCCGGUGUUAAAUGAUAGGCUGUCGUAACCUGCUGACAGGGCGGAGUCACCAGAGAAGUUCAAAAUAAAAUAAAAUGUUCCAUCUCAAUCAGCUCAGGAAGCGCCGAAGUGUGCGUUGCGUUUCGGUCCGGUCGGCCCGGUCGUAUCGGAGUAUUGUGACCGGCGUCCGGUACCCAACCCUCGUCACGACGUGGGGAGGUAUCUGGGUUUUGAGAUGCGCUGCAUGGGCAUGGAACUCUCCCACUUCAAACCGCCGCACCAAACCAAAAGAAAAACGACCUGGAACGUGUUUAGCCUAGCUUAGCACAAAGGUCUAGGUAGCUAACGUCGCAAAUCAGACGCACCACCGAGUCUCGUCUUCUGAGUCCGUCCUCGUCGCUUUGCACGUUAUUGGACGGCCGUUUUAUCGCUCGCCGGUCUAAACCUAUCAGGGACCGACUCCGGUGCCGCGCGCACGAGGCAACGCCGAUAUCGAUCGUUCUCUUUUGAUUCAGAUAGCGAACAAACAGAUUUCGCAAAAAUGUUGAAGGCGUCUAUAAAAUCGUCUUUUUUCCUAGAGAAAUGGCUUUAGAUCUUUGUUCUUUAUGAGCAGAAAGCACUGUGCUCGCCUCGUCGGAAAUCAACCUCGAUUUGUUGUACAGGUACGAUAUACACGUAGCAUUCUUUUCUCUCGACAACAAUAUACAAUAUUGCUCUUGAAUUGUGAUACCUCAAGUAUAAUAAUCACCUUCAGAUGGAACCUUGUGGGGAUCUGAGCGGAGCGGGAGACGCAUGUGACAGGUGGCGGUUGCUGGGUCCUAGCUCCCUCCGCCUCCUGCCGUACGCACUGGGAGAAAAGCACUUCUUCCAGUUUUUGUGGAGUCAUUUCCUUUUGUGCCAUAAAGCAACCAGCAGAUUUUCUACCAAAACCAAUCUAGUGAUUCUAAUGCACCGCGGAGGCAAGUAGAGACGGCCUCUGAGGACCCGUUGGGGUUCUGACAGUUACAGUUGUCUCCAAUGUCUUUCCUUUUCUUUCCUUUUUUAAUGAAAGUUUAGGGGCUGUUGUUUACGUUAUAGUGCAUAUCAUUCAAUAGUAUCUCAGUGGUUAAAUGAGCACCCACUGGAUGAGAAAUUUAAUUUGAUACAAACAGCAUCGGCACCAAUUGUGCCGUAAAAUGUCAAUAAGUCGAUACCGGAACAUUUUGCCAAAGCUAGAAUUUUUCAUUGAAAAUAAAUAUAAAUUAAAUGUAAUUUUCAGUAUUUGUAUAGCAAUCCUGCAUUAUGAUGUGUAUGAUUUAUUCUAUAGCCCGAUUACAUUUGCAUGGUCACUUUUAUAUAGUGCAUACCACCAUAUUUUUAUCAUAAAUGUCUAAAAAAUCUAAAAGAUUGAAUCCAACAAAUGUGUUAAACAGUUAGUUCUUAAUUCCUGUGUUUCAUAGUGAGAGUUAUAUGACAAUCUUUUGUAAUCUAAGUACUGUUUCCCUGUUCAGGUCUAUUCUAAAAGGCUUGUUUUCUUUUUUUAAAUUCUUUUUUUGCUUUAAUGAAAUUCAUUCUUGAAAAUGUUUAUUUGAAAUGUGUACAUAAUUUAACAAAUGUGUUGAGAAAAAUAGGUUUUGAUUCAAGAUUCAAAUUAUACCCUCAAAAAGAAAUACUUAUUUUCCAAGUAAUCCAGGUGGAUUGAAUAUUUUAAAUGCAUAUCUGAUUCAAGCUGCACCCAUCAUGUCAUUCUGGGGUGUAGCAGUAGAUAGGGGUGCCCUCUAUAUUACAGAUGUCAAACACAAGGCCCGAGGGCCAAUUCUGGCCCCCCACGUCACUUCACGUGGCCCCUGACGGCUUGAAAGACAUAUCAUCACCUUAAAGAAAUUAAAGAAAAUUAUACCCGUGCUUUUAUUUUGAAGGUUUCAAAUGAAAUGGAAUUCUGUUAGAAUAUUAGAGAAUUCUUUUUAUGUACGAUAUUUCUACACUCGAAUAAACAAUAUAUGAAUGCAAAGAGUUAUUUAACAAUAUGUUGGGGAGUAGUUUAUACAUGAUGCUGAUGUGUGUACCCCCCUGAUCUAAAUACACUACACACUUGAUACACACAAUGCACUACAGUAACUAUGUCUCAUAAGCUCUGACUUUGCUUCUGUGAGAGAAUAGAAGGAAAGACAAAUAGACAGAAAGUACAUUUUACUUAGACGCAACAUCGCCCUUCAGGACAGACAUUCCUCCAGACAUCGAAUAUAUAUAGAUUGGAUGAAUAGAAAAGAGAUAUAACUUUGAUAAUUCUAUGGCAUUGUUCUUUUAAACGAUGUGUCUGACUUAGAGGCCUCAAAGAGUUUAUAGUGCGUGGUUAGAAAUGUAGAUCCAAUAAGGAGACCAAUGGAUGCUCUCUGCAUGUGUAGCCUUGUUGUGUCGUGCCUGGAUGAGUUAUUAAUGUUUUCUGGUCCUGUGAUCAGCUGUGUGAAUUUUAUUCAGCAGGAAGAAGAAGAAAAAACACUUUAGGAGUUGAGUUCACCGUCACUUGAGUCCAAACGGGGGAAACAGGCUCAAUAGUUACUCGUUUGUGUGAUGAUCUACUUAUUGAUUGCUUAAAUAAAGUUAGUAAUCACGCUGAUUAUUCAGAGCACGUUGAUCAGGGUAGACAAACAUUUGUCCAAAUUAUUUUAAUAAAUGUUUGCUAUUGAAACCAACCAUGUCCUCCAUGUGGUCGAUUCAGAUUCUGGCUUAAAAAAAACAUAGAAAUUGUGUUGAAAUGGACAUAUUAUUAAAAAUAAACUUGCAAUUGAAGAAAAUAAAUGUGAUUAAAUAUAUUUAUAAUUGACUGUAUAUGCUGAGUAUGGAAGAUUUAAACUGCCAAACGUUUCACAUUUAAUGUACUGUGUUUUAUUUUGUACUUUUCUCACCCCUGUAUGCACUUCUGACCAAAUUAAUUUCCUGUUUAAUGAUAAAGUUACAUAUGAUUUGAUUUGAAUAAAACAAAGAAAUAAAGUGACAUAUAAUAAACAUU